CUGGUGGUGGCUCUUCUUCAAAAACAACCCGACGUUUCCUAUUUCCUCCCAAAAACGCAGAAAUAAAUCUCUCUUUCUUCUCUCUCUCUCUGAAACCCUAAUUUGUUAUCUCUUUCUCAGAAACCUAACUCCUUCAGAUUCAAAUUUUAUAUUUUUAUAAUAUAAAAAAGUUCGAACCUUUUCAGUUUAACCCCACACGUAUAUAAACCAAGGUUUUGUCUGGGUUUGGAUUUGCAGUUCUUCGAAUACAAAUCUGAGCCAGUGAUUGGGGGUAAAUUUCUAGGGUUUUGAAUUGAUCUGAGGCGGUGCAUGGCGAACGGUACGGAUUCUGAGGAGUUUGUGGUGAUGUCUAAGGUCCGGACGGGCCUGAAACGUGAGUUCGCGUUUGCGUUGAAGGCCCAGGCUGAAGUGUCUGGUUCUUUGGGACGGACUCGGGGCAGUAAUUCUCUGAAUGAGAAUGGUAAGAGGUUGAAGAAAGCGACCACGAACGAGGUGCAGAAGGAUGAUGGGGACGAGAAAUUGACGAGUGGUGACGAUAUAUUGGCGGGUGGGGAGACGGUUGAGGGCGACAAUGUGAAGGUUAUGGAGGAUUUGGAUGAGACCAUGAGCGAAGAGGACGCCAAAAGCGAUGUGGUGGACCUCAUAAGCGACGACGAGCCUAAAACCCACGUGGAUGACUCUGUGCUGAGCGAGAGGGUCUACGAAGACGAGUUGAAGAACGGGGAGGUUGAGAUGGCAGUUGACGAUGAGCCACAGACGGGUUGCAUUGGUGAUUCGGUCAAUGAAGAUGAGGCUCAGGAGGAGCAAUUGAAGAAGAGUGGACCAGAAAAGCCUUUGGUGGAUGAAGAAUUGCCGGAGAUGAUUGAGAGUGGCGGCGAUAAGGUGGAAGGAGAGGUGAUUGAAAAGCCGGAGAGGCGGUUUACUCGGUCAGCAUUGAAGCCGAAGGCGGAGAAAGUGAAUAAUUUACCCGGGAAAAGUGAUUCCCAACAGUUAAAUUCGGAGAUGCAGAAAAGCCCAUUUGUUAGUAAAUCAAAACUUGAGAUGAAAAUGCCGAAGAUGGUGAGGAAGUUUGUUAAAUUAAAAGAUUUUCUUGAUACCGGUAUCCUCGAGGGGCAGCCCGUCAAGUACCUUAGAAAGGUAAGAGGAGCUGGAGAUACGUGGCUUAUGGGAGUGAUUACGGGUUCUUCCAUAUUGUGUCACUGUGAUUCUUGCCAAGGAACUGAAGUUGUUACACCUGCGGUGUUCGAACUGCAUGCGGGUAGUUCAAAUAAACGUCCUCCGGACUAUAUAUAUCUUGAAAAUGGCAAUACCCUUCGGGAUGUCAUGACCGUAUGCCAAAAUUCUCCUUUGGGAAUUUUGGAAGAAGCUGUUAGACUUGCUGUUGGUUGCUCAUCGAUAAACAAAUGUACCAUCUGUCUCAAUUGCAAAGAAUCUAUUCACGAAGAGGGUACUGGGUCAGCAGUGCUACUUUGUAUUUCAUGCAUGGAGUUAAAAAAGUCUGGUGAAGCUACGCCUGCUGUAGGUGCUAACCAUAGUGAUGAAUCACCAAAGCCGGUUAUGGUUCCAAAGGGGCCUGAUACCAUGUCAAAUUGUAGCUCACUGAAGCCGGUUCCAGCUCCAAAGUUUCCUGAUACUGUGUCAAAGUAUAGCUCACCAAAGCCGGUUACAGUACCAAAGUGUCCUGAUACCGUGUCAAAGUAUAGCUCACCAAAGCCGGUUACAGUACCAAAUUGUCCUGAUACAGUAUUGAAGUGUAGCUCCUCAGAAAGUAAGAGCCAGGGACGUGUAACAAGAAAGGAUCUUCGGUUGCACAAGUUGGUUUUUGAGGAAGAUGUUUUGCCAGAUGGAACAGAAGUAGCCUAUUAUUCUCAUGGGGAGAAAAUGUUGGUCGGUUAUAAAAAGGGGCCUGGCAUUAGUUGUAGCUGCUGCAAUGAUGUGGUCAGCGCAUCGCAGUUUGAAGCUCAUGCUGGUUUUGCAUCACGUCGCAAGCCUUACCUAUUCAUUUACACAUCUAAUGGGGUAUCUCUCCAUGAAUUGGCAUUAUCUCUGUCAAGAAAUCGGAAGUCAUCUACAAAGAAGAAUGAUGACCUAUGCUCCAUGUGUCGAGAUGGAGGAGAUCUCUUGUGCUGUGAUAAUUGUCCAAGGGCUUUUCACAAAGAGUGCCUUUCUCUACCAAGUGUCCCUGAAGGUACUUGGUACUGUAAACAGUGCCAGUCUAUGUUUGAGAGAGAGAAAUUUGUGGAGCAUAAUGCCAAUGCUGUUGCAGCUGGAAGAGUUGCAGGAGUUGAUCCUAUAGAACAAAUAACCAACCGAUGCAUUCGUAUUGUCACAACUUUUGAGGAGAAAUUUGGUGGUUGCGCACUGUGCAGAGGACAUGAAUUCAGCGGCUCUGAUUUUGGUCCUGGCACAGUUAUUUUGUGUGAUCAGUGUGAAAAGGAGUUUCAUGUAGGCUGUUUGAAGGAUAACGGGAUUGAAGAUUUGAAGGAAAUACCGAAAGGAAAAUGGUUCUGUUGCCCAGAUUGCCACAGGGUUCAUUCAGCUUUGCAGAAGUUGGUAGUUCAUGGGGGACAGAAGCUUCCAGACUCCUUACUGAAUGUUGUAAGGAAGAAGCACAAUGAGAAAGGUACAGAGUUUGGGGCUAAUCUUGAUAUAAAAUGGAGGGUGCUUAAUGGGAAAACGUCCACUGAUGAUGAAAGUUUACAGUUGCUUUCAAAGGCUCUUGCCAUAUUCCAUGAUCGUUUUGCCCCAAUAGUUGAUCCUACUUCACGCCUUGACUUCAUCAAAGAAAUGCUUUAUGGGGGGACCAUCCAGACCCAAGAAUUUGGUGGGAUGUACUGUGCAAUAAUUACAGUAAACCAAUUGGUUGUGUCAGCCGGAAUGUUUCGUAUCUAUGGAGCAGAAGUGGCAGAGCUUCCUUUAGUGGCAACAAGUGCUGAUUACCAAGGACAGGGUUACUUCCAGACUUUAUUUUCAUGUAUUGAGAGGUUUCUUGCGUUCUUAAAUGUGAAAAGUCUUGUUGUGCCAGCUGCUGAUGAGGCAGAAUCAAUAUGGAAAAAGAGAUUUGGUUUGGAGAAGUUGACCCAAAAUGAGAUAAGCAAUUACAGGAAAAGUUACCAAAUGAUGAUCUUCCAUGGGACAUCCAUGCUGCGGAAGCCCGUCCCUAAGUGCAGAAUUCUUGCUUGAAAAGAGAGUAAUUGAAUAUUGGAUCAUCGAAGUCUUCUAUUUUGGAAUGGAGAGAAGAAAACUAAUUUGUGGAUCAUUUUCCUUCAAAAUGUACAUGACUUCCCUUGGCUCUUGGUGUACAGAAAAGCAGAAAAUAUACAACAACCAACCCUACAGGCAGUUUUUGUUUUUUUGGUAGCGUAUAGAAACUGAGAGAUUUCAGUUGGCCAACAGAAAAGUGAGAGUAGGUUAAUGAAAGAGUAGUUUAAUGAAGAGACUUACAGAAAUUUUGGUAACUCCUGUCUCCUGGAACUGUGCCUUUUAUGGCACUCUUAUUUCUGCUUCUGGCCAUGGGAUUCCAUUUUUGUAGCUUAUGCCUUUCUCCCAGUUCCAUUGUGGUUUUCUUUGUAGUUCCAAACUUGAAUUGAGCUCCUUGGCUCUAAACUAGUAAAGAAGGCUUCCGAUGA